AUUGUGUAUUUGGUCGGUGGGACUUUCGUCCGUUUGCAAAGCUCGUUGUAUUCAACAUGAAAUUUUUUAAAAAUCACAAUUAAUUAAUUUCCACACACUAUUUAAUCUAAAUAAAAAACCAAUCAAUUACGAAAUAAUAACAGCUUAAGCAUAUUUUUUUUUUUUUAACAAAUAAAUUAUAGAUGAUUUUUAAAAAGUUGACAAAAACAAUAUUAAGAUAAUAUAUUUUUUUUAAAACAUCAAACCUUGACGCAUUUCAUAUUUUCAUGCAGCAAUCACUUGCUUUUAGUUUUUGCUGAUGAUCCAAUGAUCAAUGAUCAAAGUCUUUCAAGUUAUUAUAAAUCAAUUGUAAAUUAAUUUUAAAAUAUUAUAAAUAAUAUUUCUAUUAUUAAAUUGAUAAAUAAAUAUUUAAUAAAAUAAUCGAAACAGUUUAAAUUUUUUUUAAAUAAUGGCAUCUGUACCGAAGAAUAAUCUUAAAUCAAAACCUGUCGAGUUGGAGAAGGAGGUCAAGGCACCAGAUACGAUCAAGGUCGAGGAUCAUUCGAGCGUAAAAGAAUCAUUUGCUCCCGAGCUUUUGAUAAAACCAGUGCAAAAAAAAAAAAUUCCCAUUAUUGAUACUGUUGCUGAAUCUGAAAAACCCGUUAAAGUACCAGUACCAAGAAAAAAAGUUUUAGAUAUUAAUCCAUCAUUUCUUGUUGAUUCACAUCCUCUGGUAUUAGCAACUCAUCUUGUUCCUUCAUUAUCAAUUGAAAUAUUUGAAAUAAUUGCACAACGUCUUGAAGCUGCACUAAAUAUACCAGUUGUUUUGAUUCAUGAAUCAAGAAAUGAUAGACCAGUUGCCACGGAUUUUGCUGAUAUUGCUAUUUUACCAGUCAAUAAAGAAUGGAAAGAAGGAUGUCUAUUAGAAGUUGGCCUAGUUUUUGAGCACAGAUUGAAUACUGAUAAUAAGCCAGGAAUUUAUGCAGAUGUUGUUGUUGCCAUGGAUAGAGGAGAAAAUAUUGAGGACAUUACUGAUUUACGUGGAUGUAGUUGUGCAAUGGCUGAUAAUUCAAAUGUUGGAGCAGCUGGACUUAUAUUUAAACAUUUAAAAACUAAAGGAGAAAAUCCUUCAUUUUUUGGAAAUACAUUGUAUUGUGAAACACAAGUUGCAGCAUUGCAAAUGGUUGCUGGUAAACAAGCUGAUAUUAGUGUUAUUGAAUCACCAGUAAUAUGUACACAUAAAAAUAAUCUUCCUGGUAUGGAAACAUUAUUUAUUCUUGAAAGUUUAGGACCACUUCCACCUUAUCAAAUAAUGAUUAAUGAAAAGCUAUCAGGUAAACGUUUUGAUGAAAUUAAAAAAUGUCUACUUGAUGGUAAUGAUGAUAAAAUAUGGCUGGAAAAUUUAAAACGUUAUGGUAUAAAUGGUUUUGCUGAAUAUUCAAUUGAUAAUUAUGAUGUUGAAGAAAUUAAAUCUGUUGUAACAAGUGUACGUUAUUAUUAAAUUUUAAUAUACGAAAAAAAAAAAAAA